GCUACCGCAAGAUGCGCCGCUGGAAUGUCGCAACCCCUGCGACAACGCGAUCGGCCGCAAUCGUGGCGAGUGCUUCGAAAGGUGUGAGGCGUGUCUUAUGGUAGGUUGUAAUUAUAUUAGAGUAGUUUAUAGACGGUGGGAAGGUGGGCACGGUGGGCCACGCUGGGCCGCUGGGCGACCACGCUGGGCACGGUGGGCGAUCGCUCGGCGGACGCUGGGCGAACGGUGGGCGAAAGCUUGGCGAACUCUUCUCUUGGUGCACCUGGAGGCUACGCGCAGCAUCCCCGGCCCUGAUACCACUCAGCACAGCGCGGCGCUGUAUCGUAAGCGAGCAUACUUUUCUGAUCUACCAACCCACAACACACCAUAGCACCGGCGAAGCUGUAUGCGAGAGUGAGUUUUUUAGUAUGUUGAGAGGUCACGCAUGGCUUGUUUGCAGCCUGUGGCAGCGAGCGAAUCGGUCGGCUCAGUCGUCUCAUGGCGAGAAAGAUGCACUACUUACUGACUCGCUGUCUUUUAAUUUCGUGUCUCUACUCCUCGGCUAGUGAGUAGUGAUAGAGUUCUUUCCUUUUCGCGCGGCUGGGAGCGAGGUUCGCGGACGUUGCUAGUGAAGGCUCUGGACAAGUACAUCGCUGAAAGACAUAGAUCUAAGCCGCUACCAGAUGAUAGACACUUGGCGUUAUUCUACUCACUUUAUUUGCCUUGCGACUUGUUGUGGCUCAAGAUUCAAAUACUGCAUGUACCGGGGGGCUGCAGAAAUGGGCGCCCGAAGGGCGCCCCGAUUUUUGACCCCUGGCCUCACGGUGGGCGCACGGUGGGCGAAAUAUCUGGCAGAGGACGCGCAUUUGGGUCGCCCAGCGGCCCAGCGUGCCAAGCGUGCCCACCGAUCCAAUUCUGGGAACUCUAUAAACUUCUCUAUUAUAUCCAGUUCCAAACUAAUUUUUUUCUAUCCGUGUGUUCUAGAACGAAGUCACAGUCACUGGGAUUCUACGCACUUCUGAGGAGUCAUUCAACAUCCAAGGAUAGCCACAUACUAUCCGCCUCUAAGUUUAGGCAGCGCGUCGAACGUGGAUAGUGCGCUUGGGCGCGUGUGGGCGCGACGUAUUGCCCCUGUCGUCGCUGUUGGUGGAUCUUGGCGUCUGUGUGCGGCGCUGGGUGAAAAACUGAAACCGACAAAACAGCAGACCUUUUAUUUGGCAAGUCUCAAUCUCAAACACCUUGGUGAAGCUGGAUCACGCGACUCAGGACCUCGCUGCCAAUACCUCACAGCGGCCGCACAGGGCCAGGAAGUGCAGUUCUCUGACGACCGCGGGCUCCUGCUGGCGGAAAAUGCGAAACCAAGUCGGAACCUCCUUCAAGCCGUGGACUUCGACGACAACGACCAUCGCGCGUAUGACAUUAUCAACAACAGCGAGAGCAUGAGCAAGUCUCUUCUCGAUGAAAAGGGGGAGCCCGUUGUCGUAGACAGUGCAUUUGUCCCAGCCCGAGGCACGAAGACAGGAAUAACGGAGACGAAAGAAGUUGCUGUUACCAUAGUGCACAAUCCUUUCCGUCUCCGUUUUCCAGACGGGACCAGUCGCCCGGGCCCGUCGGAUGUCAUUGAUAUCCUCAACGGGAAAGCCAGCAUGGGCACCACUGACACACACAUACACCUCCGGCAGGUACUGCAAAAUGCCUGUGUAUCUCUCGACGUCGCGGGCAGCCCAUGCUGCGUGGAAACGUACUUCGCCUGGGCCCGAUGGCAUUUCGAAGAUGAACCUGCUGACGAGGCUGCUAAGGCUGGCGAACUCGUCGGCGCUAGAGCCUUCGCUGUUCUUAGUAUUUUGCUUGUACAGAAUCGGCUUACGGGGACUCUCGCUAACUAUAUGGCAGGGGAGCCAUUAUGAGGGAACAGCUUCUAAAAGUGACCUAGGAAAUCGCUUCAACAAUUAAGGCUGCCCGCAGCCCAUCUUUAUAUAUGACGCAGGGCCGGACUGCCCCCCCCACGUCACUCGGCGCGGGCGCGGGUCGCGACCCGCGGGCGAAGCGAGCCGCGAGCCCUUCACCGCGAGCCGCGAGCCGCGAGCACCCAAGCGCGCCCGAGCCCAAGCCGUGAGCCUGCGGAGAAGCUGCAGGCCUUUGGCUGUCCGCCUGACGGUCUCUGCCUUCCCGCGACCAGCCGCCCGCGGGCCCGUGCGUAGCCGUGGCGGGUGUUCUUCUCGCGGGAAGCCCUUUCCUGAGCUAGAGCCCCUGGCCGUUAUCGUGGCCGCGGGCCAGCGCCUACCCGUGCAAGCGCCCUGCGGUACGCGAGCCGCCUUCGUUCCCUCUGUCGUGCGCCCGGACACGAGGGCCACGGGCCUCUGCUUGCCGCAGAUUGGGCAUGGGGAUUUGUGGCGGACCCGUCGCCCGGGUUUUGGGAAGCUAAGCCCCGGGGGCGGGGCCAAGUCGGUUACACAUGCACGCCGCGCACAUUGCAACACCGAGCGACCCGGCAACCCGCCGCGGCCCUUGGUGGGGUCUCUUUUGUUUUUCUGGUUCUUCAGUCGUUUGGCCGUACGCUCUUCGCCUCUCUCAAUCAAAGCCAGCAGGCUUUUUUUUCUCGGUAGCUAAAAACGUGAAAAGUUUGAAGGAGUGAGAAAACCCCCCCGGGCUCAUUUGCUGCGCAGGUUUUAACUUUUUUGGUUCAGUUAUUGUUAUGGAAGAAUAGCGCAGGUGUUCGGCAUAGCAGGUUGGGGCGUGUACUAUUUCAGCUGGCGUCUUCCUCUCCCUCUUCUACCUUCGUCGUCUCUUCUCAGUAUUCACGUACUCAGGGGGCUGCGCGUCCUACAUUGCAGCGCACGCGGCCGGCCGGCGCGUGUGGUAUUCCUACUCUACUCAUAUUGCUACUCAUUCCUAUUCUUUCUUAUUCGUGUCUAUUCAUAUUCGUGCUCAAAUUCUUUUACUGCUGGACUCAACUUCAUACUCGUACUCGUAUUCAUAUUCGUGAAGUUAUUCUAAUGCAACUCAUCCCGAAAUAGGACCAAAAAAGGCACUGCAAUCGAGAGAAUCAAACGGGUUGGAGGCGUCGGAUCAACUCCAGAGGCAGGGCAUUACAAACAAACCGCCAAAGCCUCAAAAUUCAAACUAUUCGCCUUCGCCACUUCUACCUCUCCCAAAUAGUACUCAUUCAAACGCCACAAAAUGUCCUCCGCCACGUCAAUAGAUUGCGGCGACGUUGCCGGCGGGCAUGUGCGUUUUGUGCAAAUCUCACGAAGACGGGACAACAAAGCAAAGCGCAGCGCUAUCAUCAAAAUCCACCUGGAUGGAUUUGAUACAGGCGCACACUUGUGCGACAGAAUCCAGCUAGAAGGAAGGGCCUCAACUAGUAAGGUACCCGAAACCAUCGCCCAUGACAUCAGCAAGAAAGAGAAACUGCCUGCACUCCAUAAGCACAGCAGCGCGCUCCUAUCUGCUGACUCCACAUACUUCAUCAACGACAGCGACCUCACAGAUUUUGAGUUUUGUGCUCUAGCCAAGAGCAACGGCACACGCAACAAAUUCCCUUUCCAAGUCUUCAACUGUGACGGGCCGCCUCUCAAGAAGAGAAGCGCCACUUUCUCGCCGUCGCCUGACAUGAGACGAGAAAGGUUUGCGUCAGUGAUUGGAUUACAUUUGCUAGGCCCUCUCUCUCCUAGCGAGAUCCUAUGCGCGACAUUUCUAGAAGAUUUCGCAGAAUCUGAGAACUGUAAGAAAUGCCCCAGCCUCAUCACACUAAGCGACGAGCAUAACUACAAAGAUAAGGUCGACUGUGCUAUCGUUUGUCGCUUAAGCAAGGAGCUCAGCCUUGGACUUUCGCGCUUUACUUGCGUAUCUUACGACUGCCACCCGUUAUGCGCGAACGUCUGCUGGGGCGUAUAUCUUGGCGGAGAGUACAUCACUAAACAAGACCUAACAGUAUUAGAACUACGUCAAAGCAUGACGCUGGGCAACACUUCUACACUUUUCGUGACUGACAUUGAAGCACUGGACGAGCGCGGCAUGCCAUUCUUCUGCAAAGGAUUCGUAGACAACGACAGCGACAACAGCAGUCGUUUUCUCUUCAACAUCUCCACCCCGGAAGGCAUGGGCUCAGACAAGAGUAUCCUAGCUUUGCUUUCGAAUGUAGUUCGUGAGCAGAAAGGAUGGAAGGAAGCGGCAUGCCACAGCAACUACGUCAGAGCAUCCAUCUCCGCACUACGCGAAAAGUACUUACAAGAAACAAGUCAACGAGUCGCGCUUGCGCAGCCACUCACCUACGAGCGUCGACAUGCUGAGACAAAACGUUCGCUGGUAGUUCUCCAAGCAUAGUCCGUAGCAGACUACUGCUUGGUAAUAAUCCUUUCUCAUGGCCCAGACUCUCCGGCUGAACUCCAGUCGAAUAUAGGCAAUUCGUGACUUAAUGGGGGUGACUAACUCGCGAACUACAGGGGGGACUUGCCAACAUCCUGACGAUCAUUCACAGCAAUCUUUUCACUUUACUCGAAAUAUUCGCGAUUUUAUCAUGAAUCUCGAUUACCUAUGCAACUUAUGUUAAACUUUCGUAGCUAGUGAUUACUAAUUUCCGCACCCCCUCCUGUUGGUGCGUGAAUUAUCCUAAGCUUACGAGAGGAGCUAAGCAAUCUCAUGACGUGAUAGGGCUAAAUCAUACUCGUACGAGAGACGUAUCUAGAUCUAUGACAGAUCGCACUUAGAUCAUAUUCUAGAAUCGCGACUCGAUCAGCCUCGUUUUCGCCGCGCUGUGGAACCAUCUACAGCUCAGGGCGAUUACUCGGCAUCUAGAGGCCGUCCCAGAGAUCGUAGAGUGAGUAUCUGCCAGACUAGAGAGCUCAGGAGAGAGCGAAAAGACCACCCCGCUCCAAAUGGUGCAAACGAGCAGCGCAAAAGCCGCUUGCUGAUAGAAAGUGUUUUCAAGAUCUGUGGCAGAAGUUCCAGAUCUUUACUGAGAAGGACCUAUUGGAAAAAUGCAAAUAGUUGCUAUCUUAUCGAACAAAAGGAGGCUCGAGAUCGCUCCACUCAGUAGCAUUCGUUUGAUCACGUAAGGAAAUCGCGCUUGAUCUCUCACCUACUCGCUCGCUAAGAUAGCACGACCCAAAGAUCGACACUCGAUUCAUUUAAUAUCUUUCGGAGAGGACUGAGCACACAGAUGAAAGAUGCCUUCGGAUCUUGCGCUAUGUGAGUAGAAGGAUACUGGGCUGGUCAUUUAAGAUAAGUGGCCACAUAUCUACCAGCUUAAGUAACUCAAGGCAUUGCUUUCUUUGUCAUCACACAUGACUCGCGGCCGAUUUGCCACAAAGACUUUUCAAGAUUUCAGGUUGUAGUCAAGUCGUCCGCCUAUAGCGUUUGGCUUCUCAUUUGUGUCGAUUGUGUAUUGGUGUGACCAGUCGCAGUCCGGCAGUGCAUUCAUUUGCGACAUUUGUCGAACGAGAAGCCUUUGGAGGUGCCUUUGCGCUACAUUUGUUGCCAUUGAAUACUUGCGCCGGGAGUAGCCAUACUUUACAAGACGCGAGACGCACGCCUUUCUAGGUCGUGUUGCCUAUUAGGGACUCGCCCCCAUUUUAGUUGUUUUAGUUGUGUGCUCUUAAUUGGUUCAAUGCAGUCCGCUACUCGCAGUGUAAUGGCAACCCCAUCUCCAUUCCUCCAUGCGAAAACUAGUACCGAGGACGAGACUGAAGAGGUAGCGCGUGAAAGUAAAGGAGUUUACUGCGACAAAAUUUGUCGAAGUUGUGCGGUCACCCUUGACCCCGACGCAAGUUCUUCCAUGCGCACGCGCCGACACAAUUCUUGCCACAAUCAUAUCAGAUCAACCUUGCAAGCUUUGCUACGGGUGAAGUGAUGGCGUCGGAUCUGCAUGCCUAUCAUUACUCGGCCCAAUGAGCCUACUUACUGCACAGUUUCCCAGUCCAUUACAUUCAAUCACUUUACUCAGUGGCGCACUCAACUCAAAUGAUCCCGACAACUCACGCCAGACAGGCGCUCAGAAACCACGCGGAAGCCAAAUCGACUGAAUGGGAAGAGGCACUAACUGGGGGCUUUCAAGCCCAGAGCCUGUGCCUCACAGCCAACCGAAGCAACGCGCUGGACAAGUUUUCGCUGGACCAAAGCAAGACGCGCGUCGUCAGUGGCCACCUAUUCAGCAGCGUUCUCAUGCUAGUGCCGACUUUUCCACACUUAGGAGCAGCAAUCUCCACCCUCUUCGCUUUCUCCGAUUGGAAUGAUAUGGCAGCGCUCGGCCGAGUCCUCGCAUCGCUGGCUUGCAGCAGUUUGCCCGGAUCUACGUACCGCGGCCAUCCAUCUCAAUGAAGUAUCCUAGCAUAGUGAAUCGCUCGGAUAUCAGAUGCCAACCUUCAGAAAUAUGCUCCCCUUUUCCCUCGCCAGGUGCUAUCCUUCUUUAUUCUCAUCUGGAACACCAUCGCAGGCCACCCUUUCGCUAGCGUACGCUAUCAAACCCGGACAGACAAUUAAUAGCGCAUUUGUGCGCUGGAAUACUCAGGGCGGUUACCUUCCUGCUCCGGCGUUCUUUGGACCAACAUGGGUUGCUGCUGGCGUCGAGUGUAUCCGUACUUCGUUACGUGAGAGAGCGCAGUCCUGCCAUCAUGAAGGCUCACGAACCGGGAGCCAACAUCCGCAAGGCCAUCACGUCCUUCACAUCCGCACUGUCUGGCGCGGGUGCUAAUUUAACGCUAGAACCCACUAGCAACGUGCUGGAAUCUACCUGGAUCAAAGCCGAACGGUUCGGAGAAGCUGAAGCGUUUGGUGGCCAUACCGUAAUGAACAACACAUCUGCAGCAUCGUCCUCGCCUGCAUCAAGCAGCAGAAUUGUGAAGCGCGAACAAUAAAGAUCAGAAGUAAGGAUUUGAAAACAUAAGAAGAGCACUUGAGCAACACAGCAUGAAAAUCCACACUACACAUGGCAGCGAUGACGUCAGCAAUCCAUGAGACAAGUCGUAGUCUUUUUUAUAUAUUCCAUGCUGGCGCCAAGUAUUCGGCACUCGCUUAUAUCAAGCAUUCUGCAUGGAUUUCCAUAAUCUUUCAUCAUAAUUCCUCCACAUUCAAAACGCGCAGGCUUGGUUUUGCUAUCACGGUUAGAAAUUCGAGACGCCUAGGAAAAUGAAUAGCCGCACUCUCAAGGAAGUAAAUGAGUGGCAGGAGGCCAGUUCUUCCACCACCGCCACAGAGGACGAAAAUAAGUCUCAGGCCUUCGGUAAUUAUACUGAAGAAGAAUCCGAAUGGGGUGAAUGGAUGAGCGUGCAUGUUUACGAUGUCAAGCCGUCUAGUGAUCUAACCGAGCCAGCCUCUUCCUCGAGUUCGUCUUCGUAUUCCUUCAGUAACUACCAAGAUCAUGCGGAUGCGCUACAGAUUGACUCUGUCAGCCAGUUCGUCACCGAGAUUCUUUCUUUUGGUAGUUCUAUUGUUGACAAUUUUGAACGUAUUCGCGACUCGAAGGAAUUGAGGAAGAUGGUCCUCCCAACCCAGAGCCGCCGGAAGUCACGAACUUCCGCUGCGUAGCGUGUGAAAAAACGACCACAAAGGAGCGAGUCUACUUCUAACUAUUGUGGACACAUCAAAGAUGGCAACACGCUUUGCGACAAGGCAACCCGCCACGAUUGCAAAGACAAUCGCGGCGGGAAAGUGGCCCAUUCGUUUUUCUCGCUGGUAAACCUCGACGACAUGGGUAGAACGAUCUGCCUCAUGUGCAGCAAUUCCAUGAACCUCAACCGUAUGAAGCAGAUGGGUCGCGCAUUCGCGGCACUAUAGCCAUGUCAUCAAUUAUUCGCCUGGAAUCAAGUGACUGCCACGCUACGCCGUCGCCAUAAUCAACGUUCUUGACAUCAAUACACUCAAGACCUAUUCUCAUGGUACAGGCCUCCAGUGGAGACAUGUCCAUGGGGCCUGAGAUUGUUGCGCAGUUCCCAUGGUUCGCGGAUUGCACAGCUAGAGCGAUGGAAGAACCCUCCAAGCAGGAAGCAUGUCGCAUUUUGAGGCGGCCUCCUCUUCAAGAGCGCCAACAGUCGAAGCUGUCCUCUUCGGUACUUAAUGGUCGCUGUCAUUACUUAACUCACUUCGCACAAUCAGCAGAAGCCCACGGCGAUCCUGUUCUCAUCGAGAUGCAGGCCCGUCAUCUAGCACUAGCCAUCACGUCAAUCAUCAACCUUGUCGCUAUUUGUCACAGGAUGUUGCUUUGCUCCCCGCCAAUCUUGGUAGCCGCGCUGCCUCUUUGAAGAAGGCUCAGGAGCAGACUCGUCGUCAGAAGAGUGGGCAUAUGAAAUGGCCCAAGUUGCUCACUCCGUCUAAUGGCGGCGGAUUGCUCCACUGCUCCAACCACCUGCAGCGUAUCACCCAUCUUCUCCCGGGUCAGAGCGUCGCUAUCCUGGCGGAAUGUGCCAACUUCUUGGCGAGGUAUCGCCUCGACUUGUUGGCAUUGAACAACGCUGGGGAGAAGAAUCAAAGCGCAAACGGCUACGAGGUCUCUCCCGCCAACGUCUCGCGUCUGGUCUACUUCGCCUUUCGUGCAUGGGGCAAAGGGAUCAGGCUUCGUUCUCGCAUCGACCCGGUGCGCAGAAGCUUUUACAGCCUCGAACUUUUACCAAAGGUCUCAUCUGCUUCUUGCAAAGGCAUGCAGUCCAAAAAUCUUUUGAGGGCACUCAUGGCAGACAUCCCACAGCAAGAUGCUGACGCGGCUCGCACAGGACGUCCUAGCAAACGCGGACCCCAACCGACUAGCGAAGGCAUUCCCAACAAAUAUCAGCGCGGCCCCCCUUCUAAACAAGGUGGCGGAGGAAGUGGCGACGAUGGUCGUGGUGCUGGCGGUGGGGGCAGCAACUACUCUCAACAGUCGCAAAAUGUGGAAGACAUCAUCUGCAGUGCCGCUAACGGCGAAGCAUCCGUGGCAGCUGCUAUUCAACGUGCUUGCAAAAUCGACGCCCCAGCCCCCUGCGCUUAUUUCGCUUCAAAUCUUUACUGCAGAAGCUGUCUUUAUUUUGCUGGGCAAAGGCUUCAACUCCAGCCAUCAGUAUGGUUUUCUUGAGUGCGAACGCGCCGGGAGCAAGUGCGUGGCCAUCUGCAUGAUCUGCAAAAGCCUCAACAUCACGCCCAUCCAUUGGCAAUCAGCGUGCCCCAACCGCGCCAGUGGUGGAGGCGAGGUAGUGGAUACGGAGACUCCGGCUACCAGCAUACACCCAAGGGCGGUGAAGGCAACCAGAAGGGUGGACACAGAAAGAGUGGAAACAAGUGAUAAUCUCGCCUGGUAGUCGAAUCUUCAAGCAUUCAUACUUCUACGGCCCCACUAUACAGAGCUAAAUUCUAUGGCAUGUCCUCAGUUUCAGCAGUAUCACGUAGUCCAUUGCUUGAGGCUUCGCGUUAUUCUUCCAUUGCGCGCAUUCUCGGCGUUUCCCACCCCCACGCGAUGAAAUUGCUACUCGUCCAUGACUCACAAUUCUGCGUCCAAGUGACACGACCAAAGAACUAGCCCCACGCGCAAUAUCGAAAUCACUUCAACAGCACCGCUAUCGUCUGAGACAAAUGCUGACAAUACCACCUGACGCAAACAAAUACACGCGUGGCGCGAUUGCGCCUCCAAAGUAUCUUGCUUUGAAAUUUGUGGGGCGAGUGACUCAAGCACAUCGAGCGAUCAGCAUGCUUCCGCAUGUUUUGAGAGACGAUGUGACAAAUUCACCGAGCGCUUCGGACAUUCGUGCCACUAUCUCUCCACCCAAGCCUUAGCGGCUGUGUAUUCAGCUAAGAAACAAAAUGAACAGCGCGAAACCCAGAAGGUUAGUGGAGUCCUCGGGCUUGAAUCAAAGCCAGCGGGACGAUAGCCCUCGUUUAGCAGCCAGAGCGACGGCGGGACCAUCUUCGUCAUCAGCACAGUCGCGCUCGUUACAAACGAAUCUGCUUGAGGACAACGAGCUUCCGUCUGCAAACCUUUCCAACGCUACAGUUGACGAAAUCGAAAGGGCUAUCGCGGGUACUUCUGAUGCCCACGCCGACGCCGAAGCGUUCGGGUUCGUAAUGGUGCAUGACGAAGGCGCAGGCGCCUCUUCCCCGGGGUUCGUCUCGCUGCAGGAGGGCGAAGUCGUAGUCUUAGGCGAACAGAAAACGUUGGACGAUUUCAAGAGUGAGCUCGAAAGUUUAAAGCUAUCCAUCUCCUAAUUAGCUGAAUUGCGCAAGUCAUUCUUGUCAAAUAGUAGCGCUGGAUCUCGUGCGUUUGCCCCCUACCGCUACGACAUGGGCCCAGGAGUAACUGGCCUACCCAUCUUCAAGAAAGACGAGAAGUUUUUCGACGGGUUUCCUCUUGGUCCAGUCAUGAAAGACCUACUCGCGGAAGCAACUAUGGAAGGUGCGCAGCGUAGUCUUGUCUUGCCGAUGCGUCAGCCAAAAACUACCCGGACGCGUUGAACAAAGUCGCCCCACUAGUUUGCGCAGUCUUUCAAGACGUGCUGUGGCCGCUAACUAACGAUAAGGAGGCCAUUCUCUUUCUCACUAUCUUCGCGAAGUCUCGCGUCUGCUCCUCCUCGUUCGAGUACGUGGACCCAGACGACAGAUCCAAACUCUCCAUCAGGUGGCACAUUUUCGAACAAUUAUCAGCGGCAGUCAGUGCCCACAACUCUGCACUGCUAGAGGCGUCGCUCGCUUUCUCUAUGGAUUCCAAGUCGCCUCUACUCAAGCGCAGAUGGAUGGGAUUCAAGAAGAGCGCUCACCACGACCCUACUUGUAACAAGUUCGCUCCCACCUUCAGGCAAGUCCCUGGUCUCGCCUUUAGGGCAUAUAAGGAGUGGAGGGAGCUUCUCAGCACGUUUGUACGCGACAAACUUGGCCCAGGUCGGCCUUCUCCAGCUCUUACCAGCAAGGAGCUCGCGUCAGCUUCAACCCAACUUCAGCGUGCUGCAAUUCUCAUCAUCGGCAUGCUCGGAGUUAGGGCGAAGUGACGAGCUUCGAAGGCUUGUGGCGGGUGAUCUUCGAGGCAACAGCACCAGCGUGAUCUACUUUUUCGUGGAGAAAGCUAAGAGCGACCAAUAUUGGGGUGGUCAUAAGGCUGCCACUCCCUUCAUGUUUCAGGACAUCGCCCGAGCAUGGGUGAGAUUCUCCACAAAUUUCUUCCAAUAUUAUCUCAAGAAGUCACGGGGUUCUGUAUCUGGGCCUUUUUUCUAUCCCAUUGACCGCAACCGAAUUCCUACUAGAGGUCUUCCUUGUAGUAAGGACUUUAUCAAACAGGUGACUUCUGAAGCGUUAGGGCACCUCAAGCCGAAAGAUGCGGCUGGUGGUAUCUCGUUGCGAAAAGCAGGCGCUGACUUUUGCGCCAACUGGGCUGGCAACAGGCGCGCUGCGUAUUUUCAGGGAGGUUGGAGGGGUGCCAACAUGCUAGGCGACGUCUAUGCGCCUCCCAAAGUGGAGGAGACUGCGCUAAUGGUAAAUCACAUUACUGAGCUGGCGCUCUCACAUGACAAGGCCACUCAGUCCCUCGAAAUGUUGGGAACUUAUUUUGUAAAAACUGAUAAAGACAAGCAUGACAGCGCGAAUCUAGCGCCUUGGGCUUCUUCUAUUUGUACUACUCGUCUGCCAUCCGCUGACGUGCGCAAAGCAGCACCGAAAUUAGCAGCGCGCAUUAUCCUGAAGCGUGUGGGUGUGGGAAUACUUGGGACGCUUUCCGAUAUCCUCAACGCUGCCACUGUCUGGAGCAUACCUCAGGCAUGCAGUCCGAUUACAUUUCUGACGCGGAGCGUCACUUGGGCAUGGCGCCUUGUUCGAAAUUUUCCAUUCGCGACUAUCUCGCUCUUGGUUUACCGACGAAGCGCGGCGACGUAUUUUCUUUUUUGCAGAAGCAGCAUAGUCCUCGGGAUUUAUGGCGCGACCUCGAAGACGCAAAAGCGGUCGAGGGUUUACCGUUGUCAGUGGAGGAACGCAUCAGGUUGGGUGUCACCCUGGGACAUAUCCAAAAAUGGUUCGGUGGCACUUUUUUCGACGUUAUUGGUGACGAAUUCAGCGCCACGCAGUCUGGCAAUUACUCGCCAACCAUUGAGCACGAGUCUACUUUUGUCAACGAAGUCAGUAGACUAGUGGAGAUGAAGACAGUGCUUUUCUAUGACAGCGCGCUACUGCCCGCGGCGGCUAGGUUCACACCUCCGCCCGCAGACCUGACGAUCGCGCCAGCCACUGUGCUUCUUCAGAAAGGUGGCUCCAGAGUCCGCUUGGUAAGCGACUGGAGCGCGCCUUCUUGCGGCUUGGGCCAGUCGCUCUUCUCCACGCCAGUAGAUUACUCUACCUGGUGGGACCUUUUUUUGCUGCUCCGCCCGGGAGCCUUCGUAUCUGGCUUAGAUUUGGAGGAUUGUUUCCCGCGCUGGUUGAUACAUCCUGCGCACAGGCGAUUUUUCGGCUUUGACCUCCCACCCAUAGAGAUGAAGGCCUCGCGUCUCUUUCUCCCCUUCGGAAUCGCCCCCGCACCGGGUGAAAACGACUGCAAUGCCAAGGAGCUUAUCCGCGUAUGUCACUCCGCUGGUAUCAGGUCCCAUGUGUUAGACUAUGUUGAAGACAUUCGGCCCAUCCUUGCCGGUAGCGAAUGUCUGUCGGAAGACGCCACCUACCAGCAAAGAUCUGGGCCGGCAGUUCUUCCUUCUGACUUUACUCGGCUGUAAAUUACACGACAAAGCAGGGAAGCGCGCCCCUGCGUCGCGCGUUUUCCCGUGGCUGGGUUUCGAAUGCGACACCUCGCAGAUGUGCACUCGCAUCGAGGAGAGCCGCAGGCUCGACUAUAUUCGGCACAUCGGCAAUUUUUUGGCGGAAUAUGAAGCAUGGCGUUCGUGUUACGUGCGUGAUUUGACUCAAGGGCAAGCGUGGCUCUUGUGCUUUCGUUAUCAACCGCGGCCCAUUGGCGGCCAUGCAAGACGAUAUCUCGACUGCCGGCGCUCCUAAGCAGUGGCAAACCAACAAACGCCGCAACCUUGCCGCCACGCUUUCCGCUGCGAUGUUGCGCGAAGUAUCAUGGUGGCGCGCAACGUUAGCGAACGUCCCGUCUUCUCCUCUUUUCUUCAACGGUGAUCGCUGUUUUCUUUGGCGCGAGGAAGUACCUACUAACCUUCGGUGACCAAUUUUUGCGAACAAUCCCAGGCGGCAUUAUCCUUGUUAUUCAUGGCGAUGCUGCAACCUCUGUCGGCACUGGUUGGGGUGGAACGGUCAACGGUUGGUGCUACCAGGGAACUUUCCCGCCUGAGUGGGCGACGUGUUCCAUCAACGCGAGAGAGGCAAUUACUCCGCUCCUUCUCCUCCAGGCCUACUGCGCCGACGGAUACUCGUGCGGCAGCAAGUUGGUCAUGUAUUAUACCGACAACCCAGCCGCCAAGCGUGCUUGCGACAAAGGCUCCAACUCGUCGGCGGCUAUGCGCCGCGCUUCCUUCUUCAUCAGGUCACUCGUCGUGGGAAACUGCUGCGAGCUUGUCGCAGGAAUGAUUUUUGGUGCAGAAAACCCCAUCGCCGACGCCUUGCCUCGUUUCGACGAUAUUGCGUCAUCCAUGAAGGACGACACCCCAGAACGUUACCUCUGCCCGAGGUGUUGGAACAUCGUCAGCGCUAACUUUCCAGAGAUUGACACAGUGCGUCGUCGGGCGAUCGUUUUCCUUCUCCCGCGCUUGGCUUCUCGUUCACUACGAAGAGCACACCUUUCCAGAACACCGAGCACAUUCUGAAUCGCCGGACCUGGUGGCUCCCUCCUACUACACUAGCCUAUCCAGUCUUGGAGUACCUUGACAAGUUCGCCACGAGCGUACCGCUGGCGCAAAGGCCACGGCUUGGAGUUCUCGCUCCAGCACUCAGUGGCCAACUUUUGCCACUUUGUUCGCAACUGGUACGCGGCCCAACUUUUAGGAAGGGUUCUAAAAUUUUCCGUCUUGGCGAUAACCGCAACGAAUUCGAAGCAGAUACAGAGCGCAUUGCUUUUUCGCCAGUCAAACAAUCUGAUUGGGACAACAAUUACGCACCAAGUGUAGCACUCUUACCGCAGAUGGGGCUACUAUUUCGAAGCUCACGCUUCAGAGUAGCAGCCAACCCUCGCGAUAAAGUAGUACUAGGCGGCAUUGCGUUCGCGACUGAAGGCGCAAUCUUACGCGUGUGCUGUUGCGUGCCCACUGAACCAAAAGGCAUCGCGCGCGACAUCUAUCGCCAGCAUCCAUACGCGCCUCGUUACAAGGAGCCCCCUUCUUCCAAGCCCAUGGGUGACUUCGAGCACAUCGGACAAAUCGUCAGCAUCUACUCGAUGCACUACAAGGGGCCUCCUGCCAUCCGCAACCACUCAACUGCUAUCGAUGCGGCUGCUUCGCGCCUUCAUCGCUUCAAGUCAUGCACGGAGCGCAUGCCAUUACAUCUUGCACGCACACAAGGCACGUCUGUGGCCGUACCGUUGGAAGUUGGUGUUGGUCGAUGCAUGUGGUGGGGAAAUCUGUGAUCACGCCAUCGCUCUAGAUCGCUUUGCGUGAAGCUGUGACAAGUGAGACUUUAUAUUCGCUGGGAGUUCUCCAAGCAUAGCCUCUAGCAGGUUACUGCUUGAUCAGACUCCUUUUCUCGCGGCUCAAGCUCUCCGGUCGAACUACAGUCGAAACAUAGGCAAUUCGCGACCUAAUAGGAUGGCUAGUUCAUAAAUUGCCGGGGGGCUUGUCAACAUACUGACGCACGUCUGUGACUUUAUGGCGUAUAUUCAUGACUUCGUCGUUAGACUUUAAUUAUCACCUGUGCAACUUAAGUCAAACUUUCGCAGCUAGUGAUUACUAAUUUGCCGCACCCCCCGCCCGUUGUUGCGUAAAUUAUCUUAGCAUGCGAAAGGUUCUAACUAGUUUUACUCUGUGACAAGGCUAGCCAUACUCGUACAGGGGACGCGUCUAGAUCUAGGCCAGACCCUACCCGGGUCGUAUUCUAGAAUCGUGACUAGGUCGGCCUCGCCUCCGCCGCACUGUAGAACCGUCUACAGUUUGGGGCGAUUACUCGGCAUCUAGAGAUCGCCCUAGAGGUCGUGGAGUGAGUAUCUACCAGACUAGAGAGCUCAGGAGAGAGCAAGGGCCAUCCCAUUCCAAAUGGUGCCAGAAUCCAAAUGGUGCCAAAGUAGAAAAGUCCCCAGAUCUGUAACAGGAGCCCCAGACCUUUAUUGAGAAAGACCUAUCGAAAUAGUACAAGAAUAGUCGCUAUCUUAUCGAACAAAAGGGAGGCGCGAGAUCGCUCCACUAUGUCGCAUUCGUUUGAUCUUACAAGGAGACUGCGUCUGAUCUCUCGCCUACUCGCUCGAUAGGAUGCCAUGGCUCAAAGGUCGACACUUGACUCAUUAAAUAUCUUUCGGAGAUGACUGAGCACACAAGUGGAGCACGACUUCGGGCCAUACGCUAUGCGAGUAGAAGGGUUUCGGGCUGAUCAUUUAAGAAAAAGGGCUACCUAUUUUGUCCUCGUCAUUAAGCAUUUGCUCGAGAGACUUCUUCGCAUUGAUCAAGACGGACGGAGACAGGAAAUGUCGCGUAGUCAUCCGCUUAGGGCGUUUGACUUCACAGGCCGACUGUGUAUUGGGGUACCCAGUCACAAUCCAUAAGUGCGCUUGGCUUCGCAUCGUUUGCCUUCGCAUCUGUUUGAACCAUUUGGCUUCGCACUUGUUUGAACCAUUUGGCUUCGCAUUUGUUUGAACCAUUUGGCUUCGCAUCUGUUUGAAUCGUUUGACUUCGCAUCUGUUUGAAUCAUUUGACUUCGCAUGUGUUUGAAUCAUUUGACUUCGCAUGUGUUUGAAUCAUUUGGGUUCGCAUUUGGUUGGUUCUGUAUUGGGGUGUCCAGCCACAAUCCAUAAUUACAUAUAAGGGGCUACGCGUUUUAUCCUCGUCGUUCGUAUUGAUCAAGACGUUUCAAGAUUUCAGGUUGAGCAAGGUACUGCAUUCAGUCGCCCGCCUAUAGCGUUUGACUUCGCAUCUGUGUCGAUUGUGUAUUGGAUAAUCCAGCCGCAGCCCGGCAGUGCAUUCAUUUGCGACAUUUGUCGGGCGAGAAACUUUGGAGAUACCUUUGCGCGAGAUUUGUUGCGGUUGAAUAUUUGUGCCGGAAAGAGCCCAUAUUUUAUAAGGCGCGAGAUGCGCACCGCUCUAGGUCGUGUUGCCUAUUAGGGACCCGCCCCCGUCUUAGUUUGUUUAUUUAAGUUGUGUGUUCUUAAUUGGUUCAAGUGGUGGAGAACGAUGCCGGCAACUAGUGCCGUAUCUAGAUUAGUGACGUAGUUAGAGUAACACUGGGUCUGGGCAUAGUGCUUGCAUUACGGAAGCCCUAAACUUUACCGUUGUAUUACAUGACUUGACACGCGUUGGGUGUGAGUCUAGCCAGCUCACCCCGUCGAUUGUAAUACAUACCUAGCGCGUUCUGGUGUGAUAGAGUUUGUCCAGGCGUCUUGGCGGACAAGCGGGCAUCUCGAAGCACAAUGCGUAAGGCUUUCGCCCUUUCUAUGAUCGAUUGCGAUCGAUAUGAUUUAUUUGGCGACUUAUAGUCCCUGCCCAGGGGUGCUGUCUGUUCUUGGCAUAGUUUGCAUUUACGUGGAUUAUUUGCAUUCAUCUUCUCGGGCCGCCUCUAAUAUAUAUUUGGCGAUAUAUUUUGGGUUACCGUGGCAGCUUAUCGCUUCUGUUUAGGGAUGCUAUCUGUAUGCUCUUGGCAUAGUUUGCGUCUAUGUGUAUUAUUAUUAUUAGUUGCCGUUAUAUAUUUUAGGCGCCGGGCACCACACACGCACCCACACCAAACACCCACCCCAGGGGGGAACUGACUGCAAGGCCGGACGUGGUGACCCCUACGACCGAGGUGACGCGGGUGCGCUGUCAUGGUGUGGGAGUGUCGGCGCCCCUUGCUUGUUGCCGAUUUUUGUGGUCGGUCUCCCUCGGUCGGUCCGUUAGUGGCAGGCUUGGGGAUUAUGAGCAAAGCCCAACGAAGUUGGGGGGUUGGCUAUGUUCCAGCCCCACAGAGGAGAAACCAACCCAGCGACGGGCCCACAGGAUCGAGAUGAGUGACGCAGGGCCCUGCCCGAUGGUUGGCCGCCGACCUCUGGGGGCCAACUACCUCCGGCGCCGUCUAUCUCUUUCGCAAGUUCCGCACGCAGAUAAAGCGCGUCAACAACCAGGAAAAUCCCGGAGAAAGUGCCCCCGUGUGGGUUCUUUGUGGUAAUUUUGGAAGCCUCAAAGAACUGCUACCGGCCGAACGGAAUCCACAGGGCAGACGAAGAGCCCGAAAAGGCCGACAAAAGUGACGGCGGGCCAAAUUCCUGAACGAUUUCGGAAACGAAUAGGAAACGAGUGAGAGGCUUAGGAACCUCGAGGGGGUUCUUUCUAACGGAUGCGUCCAGGACACGGACUCCGUCCGACAGUACCAACGACAGCAGCAGGAUAAGCCCGCCGGUGGGAAACGUUGAGUAGGCUUUGGUAGUAAUGCGGUGGAGCAGUGGCAGUGAUUCCCUCUCCAAGAGUUUCUUCCCGCGGCAGCUCAGUUGCAUCGAUCUCGUCCGCGGUGAUGAACGCCGCGCGCGGUGUGCUCCAUUUCAAUUCUGACGACCGGGGCAAGGCUUCUGGCUGUGUUCGCAGCUGGCUCAUUCCUCGCCUGUCGUAUGGUGUGAAGGCUGGCGCCCUUGUUGUCGUUUUUGGCACUGAGUUCCGCGAGCGUGUUCGCCUGCUCGAAGCUAUCCCAGUCGACAACGCCACCCGGCCGAAGCUUGGCAAGCAAGUGCGCGACGCAGUGGCCGUGUGUUUAUCAUGGGGCCAGGCCUUGGGGGUCUUCCUUGCAGCGCGCUGGCGUGCGUAAGAACCUGGCAGGCCUCUACGACGCCACCCCGCUGCGCGUCCGCCGUGUGUGAUGAAGGGACACCGCCACGCCGACUAUGUCAAGCAUUGUCCGCGCUAGAGAAAAGCGCAGCAGGCCGCGCAACGUCGUCGACAUCAACAUCGGCCAGCCUUGAGUUGACGCAGCAAACGUGAGCGCGGCCGCGUCGUUGCUUGAGAACCAUGGCAGGACGAGACGGCGCGGCCCCCGCCUUGGGUCAGCAGGAUGCGCAGUCGCUUGAAAGCACAUUCAACUGCGCAGCGUCUGGCGGCGCUGGUGGCGUCUCCAGUCUUGGAACCUUCGGCAGCAUGGUCGACGAGCCGGACAGCGUGGGCGGUGAGCAACGUGCGCCAGCAUCUUCCCUGACUGUUCUGCAUCCGGUUGCUCCGUCUUCGUCGAGCAAGAGUGUGCUGGCUGCUUUGCCAAAGGGGUCCGCCUCGGUUGCUUCCACUGUUGCGGCAUCUCGGCCAACUCUUGGCACGGUUGCAGCGCCUCGCCCUACUUCUACAUCGACAUCUUCGACGGCCGCUCCGACCUCGUCUCCGGCAGUUCAGCUUGCUGCUGUUUCCUCGUCUUCUGCAGCCGAAGCGGGUGGAUCCUCUUCAGCGUUUUCUUCGCUUGGUGCUCUGUCGGAGCUAGGUGCGUCAAGUGCAGGGUCAGCCUCUGCUGGUGUGGUCUGGAAGGUGUGCAAGCCAGCCCGCCUUGCGCAACACACUACCACCGCCGGCGAGCGGAUCUGCGGGACGUGUCGACCUUUCGUCGACCGGUGGGCCAACGCGUUAACCCCGGAGCAGGUCCAAGCGGUUGCACAGCUGCCGAACGCGAAAAGGCUCGUGGGUGGUGAACUUGCGCUCCCGGAGCUGCUGCGAAGGGAUGCCAAGCACAAAAAGAGGCGCGUGGAGGUCCCGCGAAAGAUUACGCUGGGGAUGGCUUUUGAGCUGUGGCCCAUCGUUAAAAGAAAGCAGGAAGAACGUGACGCAGCGGCCUGGCAAGAGGCAAAAGACAAAGCCACAAAAAAGCGAAGGCAGUAGGCUCGCUGUCGCCUUUCCUCUGACUCGUUGGAGCAGCGUAGUUACUAUAGAUAUCUCAGAUUUUUACUCUCAGGCCUUCUCCUUUCUUAUAAUUUAGGGCUGCUUACUUUUUAUAGAUGCCUUCUCCUUCCUUUCCCCCCUUUUGCGCUUGACCAAUGAGCCGGCGCCGGCCCUAGAGUGGUCAAGCGAGUGCACAAAAGCGGGAGCAGAGCACUUCUUUGAGGCACGCACAGGCUUACGCCGCCGAUGAUGAGAAGGCCUCUAAGGCUGACAGGAGCUUAUCUGGCGCGUAGCUUAAAUUGUCUACGGCUGAUUAAAGUGACACGAAUAGAACCGAAGUAGUAUCAGCAAACUUUUCCACCCACAAAUCCCAACACCAAAACAGCAGGCAUAGCGGUAUACACAGGUGCGGAAAUGGAGAGCCAGUAGCUGGACUACGUCUAGACCUCAUGCGCUACGGGGUUAGAGAUCUAAUGUGCCCCCAAUUCUCCGGCUUUUUUCUCAUCUAGUCCAAGACGGUAAAAGUAAUCAGCAACACUCUGACAGCAAGGAGCUACAACUGUCACGCCAAGAAAGUAGAAGCAUCUCGCUAGCAUCUAGGAACUGCAAGGAACUGCAACACUUUGACAGCAAGGAGCUACAGCCGUCACGUUUGGCACUGAGGAACUGCAGCGGACACUUUUCGGCAUGUAUGAACCUGCUCGAUUGUGUGAACCUGCUCAGCCUGUUAAGGUUCAAGAUCAAGACUCUGCGCGCCUCUGUUGUCCGGCCAAAAUAAAAGAGCCAUCUGCUAAAAGUAAGACCAAGACUCUGCGCGCCUCUGUUGUCUGGCCAAAAAGAUCCAUCUGCUAAAAGUAAGGCCAAGACUUUGCGCGCCUCUGUUGUCUGGCCAAAAGGGUCCAGCUGCUAAAAGUGAGAUCAAGACUGUGCGCGCCUCUAUUGUCUGGCCAAGGCGACCCAUCUGCUAAAAGUAAGGCCAAGACUUUGCGCGCCUCUGUUGUCGGUCCGGCCAAAAUGAUCCAUCUGCUAAAUAAGUAAGGUCAAGACUUUGCGCGCCUCUGUUGUCUGGCCAAGAAGAUCCAUCUGUUAAAGUAGGGCCAAGACUCUGCGCGCCUCUGUUGUCCGGCCCAAGACGGUCCAUCUGCUAAAAGUGAGACCAAGACUCACUUUGCGCGCCUCUGGCUCUGUUGCCCGGCCAAAAGGAUCCAGCUGCUACAAGGUCAAGUCUUUGCGCGCCUCUGUUGCGUGGCCAAAGUAGACGCUUCAUCUCUUGGAAGGUCAAUGCUUUGCGUGCCUCUGUUGCGUGGCCAAGGUGGGCGCUUCAUCUGUUGGAAGAUCAAGACUCUGCGCGCCUCUGUGCUCGAGAUCUCUUGCAUGUGAGGAAAGGAUCUGCUUCCCCAAUCCUGGGCCGUCCCCGCUCCCCGAGUAGAAUGAGAAUAAGAGUCGAGAGAGGUAAAUGAGCAGGCAGGCGACGCAGAUGCGAACGCAGAGCAAGACGGCUGGCGUGUGUUCUGGCCUUGCGGAGCCGUGCGCGGAGCUUGCUGCUGGAACUCUCUAAGGCGGCGGCGGUGCUGCGGCAAUUCUACAACCCGGGGAAGAGUGAGGAGCUUCUGAACAGAUCGAAACUGAAGCCCCACCGGAAGGGUGCAGACCUAGCGAAACUACACGCAGGGGAGCAGGAGGAGUGGCGUCCAAUCUACUGCCCAGCGUAUCGCAAACAGCUGGGGGGCGUCUCGUCUCUUGUGGGUUCUUUGGGCUGCAGGCAAUGGCCCAGCGGUGUCAUACAAGGCAACGGGAGAAACCGCGGCGCCAAGUAAAGCACUGGGACCAGAUUCGCGUGCGCUCGUCACUCAGGGAGCGGCGUGCCUCGGCUGUCGAUGUGGCUUCUUUUUGGCGGGGGGGGACUCUACUGCGCAGAAAUUGUUGGCGAGCAACCUGAUACGGGCCGGCUUUGGGUUUGUGCUGUCUAUGAAGUUAAGCGCGCGCGCGGGUGAGGAGACUAACUCGCGCCAGGGCGCCUCCUGCACCUUUAUGGAUGUGAGAACGAACCAUGAAGGCGGCGCCCCGAAGUCGCACACUUACAGCGCGGCAAGAGGGUGGAGACUAGUGGGAAGCCCUUACGCCAAACACUAGCGCAGUUCGUGGGAGGGUGCUUGUGUGUGUGCAUAUUCGCGGCUUGGCAGCUAUCUCGCUUCCUUCAUUUUCUUGCGGCAUCUUCAUGCUUGGCAUUCGUGUAGCCUCUGCGGGCUCUCUCUGGCAGGCUUGUCUCUUCUGAACAGUCGCGAACUUCUUGGGAGUGCGCCAAUUUUGCGAACAGUUUCCGCAUCGGCCUGGGCCUCCUUUAGCAGAUUUUGUGAAUGUUCACACGACCACACAGGACAGCGACCCAGCCUCACCGAAAGGCGGAGGGGCUAGCCCGGAGCUGUAUGAUGCCCGUCGUGGACUACGUGCGAAGCGUUUCGACAUGAAACCCGUCGAGGCCUAUAGACAGCGAGCGUUUUGACUUUUGGGUGAUUACAUGGCGAGGCUUUUGGCUCAAGGUCUUAGCUAGAUUGCAGUAGGCUAAGAAAGUGGCCGGACGUGCUGCCCCGAAGGUUUGCGGCAAUUUGUAUAGAUCUGCGCUCCUCGUCGGUAGUAAGUAUCGGGUGCGCGCCGUUUGGAAUCUGUGGCCACUCUGUAGGAAUCAGUAAGCGCGCACGCAUCUGAGGAAGCAAAAGAGUGAGGACCCUUCUAGCUUAACAGUAACACGAUCAGCGCAGGGCGAUGGGUUUGGGGCUUCUUUCUAUUCCUCAGAAAAAGCAACGGGCCGCCUUGUACGUAGCGGGGCCCGCAGAUCUUCCCCUAUUUCUUUGCUUAGAAAGUGCCGAGUAGCAUACUACCAAGGGAGCCCUACAGGAAAGAGGGGGCAUAGCUUUGAAACGGUUUUGCGCGUGGUUUCGCCAAAUAAAGCUAGAGCUAUUAUCUCCCGGGUCGUUUUUGGAAGCGAGGCGUCCAUUCAUAUGAUCCUUUCAACACAUGGCGACCGCGGUUCGAAAGCAGCAUACGGCUGAGGGCUGGGGAAUUGUUUGCUGUACGGGUGCAGCAACUUCACGAAGCCGGAUAUGCGCACCUCAAUUUGUCGCCCGUCGUUAUCCUUUUUGCCGGUGAUCUUAUGGCUGGACGUAACUACUCGUCUCUCAGUCCCAGUGCAUCUCUGGCGCGUUUGAGUAGUCCGCUUAUCGACUUGCGGGCUGCUCGAGUUCUCUCGAGUUGCCACGAGUUGCCGAAGCGCACGCGCCUAAUCUGGAGCGAGUUGCCACGGGGUUCCUCUGGGCAGCUUUCCACUUGGAAAGCGCAGCACCCCGCGGCGGUAGCGGUAUGGCGGGCCACGAUGCCACGGAGUUCGGAAGAAAGUCGCGGCCUGCUGUCUCCUGGCAGAUCUGCCGCCUGUAUUGAACAGACACGCCCCGGCCGAGCUCUUCGGGGCUUGGGCUUCGCGAAAGUGAGAAGGCGAAGCCCGGGGCCUUUUUUGUUUGAGUGGCGCGGGCCUGUGCUUUGGGGAGUGCAGCGCUUUCGCCUUUGUGUCGCUGUCUCUGCAUGGUCGUGCGCUGACUCUCUGGGGUCGCAAGGGCAAGCAAGCUGAUGACGAAGGGCAUGGAGGGCACAGGCCGGGCGCGGGGGGUCCAGCCCCUCGCCUUUUGCCGCUUUCGGAGGCCUUCCACACCCGGCGCACGGCUGCGGCGGCGAAGCAUAUCGGAGGCACACCGGCAAAGGGCUUGCCCGUGCGCUUGUGCCGCGUCUGCUUCUCCAGCUGUCUCUGCAUACUUGAGGGCCUGAAUGGUCCACCGCAAUCGCAUAGUACUGGAAGGGGGCGGAGAAGGUCCCUUGUUGGGCCCCUUUUGAGGCCUUCCACCCCCGGCAGACGCCUCGGAGAGGGGUCCGGGGCUGCACGUUGCCCCCCCUGCGCUAGGGGGGGCACCGUAGCCCUGCGCCAUGGAUCACGCAGGAAUACGACUCACCCAGUUACCCUUUUUGAGUACCGUCAAAGAUGGAGAUGAGUGAUUAUUUUUACUGGACAGCGCUAAUCACCCGUCGCGUGACGCUUGGUGGGACGUAAAGCUGUUCAACUUCGCGUCUACGCUUCCAGCCAACAUGCUGCUUAUGAACGAACACUGUUCCGAAGUCAGAGCCUGCAGGCCCACCGAAAAGUGCCAGCAUUACUUCAGCUAAGGCCCGUGUGGUAAAAAUGCUGGCACUUUGAGCUCAAAACUACACGACUAGGCAUGUUGGCACCCUUUCGGCAACAUCGCAACGAUUGUGCCCGUGGGUAGUUGUAUUAGCAAUUUUUAGUCAGCUUGGAGGUAGUUUUAACUUCGGAGCGGUGUGCGUUCAUAGUGUUACGCGCUGCGCCUUCUUUCAGGAGCCCCUUCCUUGUUGGCGGGCCGGCUGGCUUUCGCGAUCCGCGCAUCAGCCUGAAAGCUGUUCCAGCUGUUCCUUGGGCGGAAGCCAGUUCCAUGGUUAUGAGUCGCCUUCAGCGUGAGUAUAAAGAUUACCCUACCAGCACUAAAAUCAACAGCGUCACGAUUCACGAGCAUCAUGAUCAAGGAAACAACAGGAACAAGGCCACCAACAUGACAGAAGCACCAAGACAGAGGAUCGACUGGCGUCAUCAUUGUCACCACCAUCAGGAUCAGCAUGAAGAUCAUCAAGAUCAAAAUCAUAAGACUCUUGAGGCCUUUAGCUUGUGCAGCAACUGGGCAGUUAGAUGCUGGAAAUAGAUGGGCGCGAUCUAGUUAGCUUAAGCAGGUGAAGGGCGUCAAGCCUGAGGAAUUUUUAUGAAAUAACAACAACAAAGCCAGCAGCUUUUUCUUCUGAUUUAUAUCUUGUGCUUGUGCAGCUGCAGAGUGAGUGGCACUAGUCACAGGACCCGGCGACAUCGCGGAGGAUGAUGAAGGACAUCGCCCAGAACCGUAGCCAUUUGGCUACCUUAAGGAUUUUCUAAGUUUGGCGCUUUUUGGCUGCCCGGCUUGGAAGCACCGGGUGGCACGAUGCAGGCACGGCUCAGCGAUAUGUUUAUGGUAGGAACUGUGCGGGUGAUGCUUCUGCGCGGAGAAGUUUACAUCGUGUCCUGCUAUGUGAAGACGAUAGACCAGCUAAUACAACUAGUGCGAUCGAGAAUAGGCGACGACGGCGACCGCGAAAAAGAAGAAGAUGCUUCUCAAAAAAUGUGGAGGGACGUGCAGAUAGAUCAAGACAUAAGUUGUCCAGCAGAUCCCCGCAUCCGCAAUACUUCGCCUCUCUAUGAUCUAGAUCAGUAUAAACUCAGAACUGGCAAACAUCUUCUGCGGUGGGAACCAGUACAGCGCAAUCUGAAGCUGCUCGUGAUACAAGAUAAGCUAGCGGCGCUGAUAAGACUUUUAGUAGGUGAGACUCUGACUCAGGGCCAGGUGCAGGCGUGGAAAGAAAUAGGCCUUGAACAAGAUCGCCUCACGUUUAUUCGCGCACAACAGGAGGAAAUGGUGGCUGUCGAUACUAGUACUUUAUCCGUCAGCGCCUUCUUUGAUCGUGUACAACAGGUGGCGAAACAAGUAAGGCCGAAUAAGUGGGGGCUUUUAUUUGUUGACCAGAUCCCCAAGGUUGACUCGGUGCACGAUGGCGACUCGACAUGGUUAAGCUUUCCAUCGGGUUUAGUAGUACAAGAAGGCACUACAGAUAGUGCGCGCCAUGCCUUAUUUUUGAGGCACAUAGAACUCUUGCCGCCGGCUCCAGCUACAGCUAGUGCAACAGAGCUCCAGGGCUUUGUGGCUCAAUUGACCGAGGUAAUGAAAAAUCCGUCGGACGCCGCUGCCUUGAUGAGGAUGGAGAUACCAGAGCCAGCGAAAAAUCCUCUGCAAGCGGCUCUCCAAGAUGCACACACUUUCCUUCGCGGUUCACGCCGCGACAACACCAGAGGCGUGUGGCUGAAAGUCUCUGAUGUAGUAGGAGCCCAUCUUCUGCUCGUGCUCGUAGGUGAAGUUGAUGAGUUGUCUGCUCUGAAAGGAAAUGCGCUGGGUGCCUUCAUCGAGAGCAACCCCAAGGGCGAAGGUGGCGGUCCUCAUGUGUCCAGCGCCAGCCAUGCCCCGUCCCUGUUGGACGUUUCCCUCCUCGGCGAUGUCAUUCCCGUGCAUGACAACUCCUUCCUCGAGACGUCGCUGACGGAUGUCGUGGAGGACCCUUUUGACGAAGUAGAUCAACCGCAUGCACAAGAACCUUCUAGACUUUCACAAAGCGUGCCUUCGUUUCUUGUAUCAUCGUCUUCAUCAAAAGGACCAAGAACUGAUCCAAGCGCAUCUUCAUCUUCAUCUUCCACUGCAGGAGAGGACGCAACGUCCUCCGUCACAUCUUCAGACGACAGAGCAAGAUCUUCAACAGCAUCCACUUUGAGAGUGGUAUCAAAGCAUGUGCAUGACGAUGACGGAGGUGAGGAGGAGGACACGGCGUACUUGUCGCCGUGAUUGACGUGGACAGAAAAGUAAACCUUAUGGUAUGACUUCUUAAGGAAAUUAAAUGAUGGCCGCCUUUUUCCUGUUUAUCUUAUUGCCAUUUCUACCUAGAAACCAUGGCCGCUUUCUGACUGCGUUCGUAAAUUUACCCAAAAGCGUCGUGGAAAAAAUUGCCAUCCCGGUCUGAUAUAGCGCUGGAAAAGUAACUAUAGGUGAAACUAAAUUCUACAUGUAGAUCUGGAACUCAAGUCCCGUCCUUCGAUAAAUCUUGAGUUCAACUCUAACGCACUUGUAGAGGAGGAGGGGGAGGUGCUGGUGGAGCAGCUAGGUGGAGCUGCAAACGAGGAGGAGUAAGGAGGUGGGGCAGCCAGGUGGUGGCACUACAGAGGUGGAGUAGUAGGUAGUGGAGGGGGAGGUGGAGGUGGAGCAGCCAGGUGGAGCUGCAAAUGAGGAGGAGUAAGGAGGUGGAGCAGCCAGGUGGUGGCACUACAGAGGUGGAGUAGCUAGUAGGUAGUGGAGGGGGAGGUGGAGGUGGAGCAGCCAGGUGGAGCUGCAAAUGAGGAGGAGUAAGGAGGUGGAGCAGCCAGGUAGUGGCACGACAGAGGUGGAGUAGUAGGUAGUGGAGUGGAGGGGGAGGUGGAACAGCCAGGUGGAGCUGCAAAUGAGAAGGGGUGAGGAGGUGGAGCAGCCAGGUGGUGGCACUACAGAGGUGGAGUAGUAGGUAGUGGAGUGGACGUGGAGGGGGUGGUGGAGCAGCCAGGUGGAGCUGCAAAUGAGGAGGAGUAAGGAGGUGGAGCAGCCAGGUGGAGCUGCAAAUAAGGAGGAGUGAGGAGGUGGAGCACCCAGCUGGUCGGUGCUGCACUAGAGGCGCUAGGUAAUGAGUAUGACAGAGUAGUUUAUAGCACGCAUGGAGUAGCAUGGAGUGUAUGGAGCGCAGAGCUUUAAGGGGUGCAAGAAGCUUCCCCUUUAGCUCCAUGCUACUCCAUGUGAUCCAUGCACUCCAUGCCAUGCGAGCUGUGAAACCUUAUAAAUUGCCCUGGUAUGAGUUAUCAGUGUCGUGCGGUUAGGAUUUAAGCUGGUUUUCGGGAGUGCAGUACAUGGCACUAGAGAACAGCCGUCAUCGUCUACGUUGAUCACAUCAUCAUCAGACAAGAGAGGACCUCGUCUUCUACUUGUUACCUUACUUCGCCGGAAAGAGAAAGAUGAGUAGUGGAAGCAGUGACUGAUUCUUUUUUUGACCAUGGUGUAGAUUUACUACGAUGAAGAUCGACAAAGUGGUCGGAGGACUAAAAGCUGCUAUGGUCUGAGCGAGCAGAUUCAUGGGAGAGAAGUAUUAUACACAUUAUCGAUACUUGUUACGAGUUGUCUUAUGUUUUUGAAUUUGUCGGAUUGAUUCAUAACCUUUAAUCCACGAUAGUCUUUUUUUUUGCACGGAACCACUCGAGCAAGACAACUACUCAAAUCACAGGUUUACCCGACUGCAAGCCAAAAAUGUAUGGGUGCUGAUGUAGUCGACGAUAUUAGCACUUGUUCACCACUUGAGGAGGUUUUUUUCUAGCAGGAUUUCAACGAAAGAACCAACUGGCGAUCAGAGGCUUCUCUGAAAAGCCAGAGUUGGGGGUGGACAAAGUUCGGCGAUCGAUGUGGUACCUAAAUAAUUGUGUGCAUUUUUUGCUUACUUUGAGUUGUACUUGCUACUUACCCAUGAUUUAGUUCUAGUUGGCACAGGCCAAUAAAUGCUUUUGUUCUUAAUUUUUCAACCCCUGAACUGUAUGCUUCAUUCUAAAAACUCAGAAAUUGUUGUCCUCUGAUUAGAAAAAUGAUGCCCUCACGUUAUCUCUAACAGGUUUUCCUUGAGAGGCAACUGCUGUUAGCACGAAUCCACAACAGCUGCAGAGUACAAGAUGCUUAUCUUCGUCGGUUUUGGUCUUGCGUGCGUGCAGCAAACGAUGCCGGAUUUUCCCUUUUCAUGGUUUUUGAGUUUUUGCCUUUUCGUUUGACGAAGAUGCGUGUUUGUUUAUAAUUAGUACUGCCGUUGUUCCGUUCAUCAACAAUUCCAACAAAUCUCAAUGUUUUUCUUUUUCAGACUGUUAAAGACCUUGGCCGUGGCUAAGAAGUGAAAUAUAUCAAGUUGCAAAUAUCACCCGUGUGAACUUUUCAUCAGAUUCCAGUUAAGGACCCGUCUCAUUAAUCAUUGAGUCAACAACUCCCUCGGGGAUACUUAGAAGACCGAUGAUCUACUGAGAAGAAGAGCUACAACUCUAGGCAAACUCACUAUUCCCGUGGUCAGUGCAAAAUGAUAAGACCUCUGGGUCACUGAGGAGUAGGCUUUGAGUCUACGAGAGUAGUUCGUACCCGCUUACGUGCCAUAAAUCAAGGGUGUAAUAAUGAGACACUGAGAAAUGUAAGCGGCUUCCAGUGGCAGUCGUUUCGUCCGAGUAUAAUAGAGCUUCAAUUCCGAAAAUACACAAAGAAAAAAUCGCUAUGUUCUAUUGUAGUUUCGCUGAUGUAAGCGCGCUAGUGAAAGCCUAUUCUGAAUCCAAUAGCUCAGCAAUAUUGAUAGUACUUCUUGACCACAGCAGCUCAACUUGCACAAUAAUUAGAAUCAAGUAGUAGUCGUAGUCCUAGGGUAGAAGUAUUUCGCACUCGUGGCUUGUUUAUUUUUUUCUUCAUUCACUUCACUUACAACUUAACUACAACCUCGCUAAUUGAUAUCUGACGUUCGCAAACUUUGAACUAACAGCAAUUUUGAUUUUCAUUUUUGUUUCGUCACAUUUGAGUAUGAUACCUAAACCUACUGACUUCGGUUUAUAGACAAUUACAACUUCAGCUCGAUGCGUCAAACAGUAUUCAUGUUAUCUUGUACAAUCAGUCUAUCCUUCGAAUUCAAUAUCUUCAACCUUGAUCUUACAAAUUAUUUACUUGUAAAAAUGGUACAGCCCAUACUUCUAGUCGACGUACGUAUUUCAUCUUUCACGACUGACUAGAACUACAAGAAAGUAAGAGCUCUUGUUACACACGCACAUACUCCGGCUCCUCAACUCUAGUAGUAGUAUGCCCUUCAUAGUAUAAGUAUUCUUCGUCUGUCAUAGAAGUAAAACUAACACUAAGUAGGGUAGAAGAGCGUGGUCAGGACCUUGCUUGUCAUAGCCACACGGAGACGUGGUGCUGGUGUUCAUGGUGGAUAAGAAUUCAAAUCAUCCAUGAUAGAGAAUAACAAGCGCGUGACCACCUCCUAUUCAACACCAUGACGGACUUGUACAGUUCCCCCAUUUUUACCACUCAUUCAUCAUGAUCAUUUCCCUGGACUAACAAGGACACUCCCUUCGCAUCAAGAGCAACGUGUACAGUUCAUUGUCACCAAAAUGUACUCAGUAUGAUGUAAUGCGGAUAAUGACGUGCGUGGUCAUAAUGUCAUACGAGGACCUUUUCAAGAUCGUCACAGGAGAGGUAAUUCUUCGGAAUGUAAGAAAAGAACAAUUAUCAAUACGUCACAUGAAGAUUGACGGCGAAGCUUGAUAGUGAACGUCGUGAAGCGAAUAUGCAUACCUGGUGGAGGAUUGUGCGAUACAGGAC